AUGAAAAAUCACACAGCAGUAACCACAUUCAUCCUCCUGGGAUUGACAGAUGACCCGCAACUGCAGGUUCUACUUUUUAUAUUUCUACUUAUCACCUACAUGUUGAGUGCUGUUGGAAACCUGACCAUUGUCAUUCUCAUCUUUGUGGAUGCCCACCUUAAAACUGCCAUGUACUAUUUUCUACAAAACUUUUCCUUCUUAGAAAUCUCAUUCACAUCUGCCUGUAUCCCGAGAUUCUUGUACAGUAUAGCAACAGGAGAUAGAACCAUUACCUAUAACUCUUGUAUAUGUCAGUUGUUUUUCGCAGACUUAUUUGCAAUAGUGGAAUUUUUCCUUCUGGCAACUAUGUCUUAUGAUCGUUAUGUAGCCAUCUGCAAACCCCUUCAUUACAUGACUAUCAUGAAUCCCCUGGUCUGCAAAAAACUAAUCUCUGGCUGUUGGAUAAUUACACUGUUUCUCAUGAUACCACCACUAGGCUAUGUGCUGACACUGGACUUCUGUGACUCUGAAAUGGACCACUUUCUCUGUGAUGCUUACCCUCUCCUGAAGAUCUCCUGUUCUGAUUCAGAAUUCAUAGAGAAGAUGGUUCUUUUCUCCGCUUCCUUUAUUCUGUUCAUGACUCUCACUUUUGUAGUUUGGUCCUAUGGAAGCAUCAUUCGCACGAUUCUUGGGUUUCCCUCUGCUCAGCAAAAGAAGAAGGCAUUUUCCACCUGUUCCUCCCACAUGAUUGUGGUUUCCAUCACUUAUGGCAGCUGUAUCUUCAUCUAUAUCAAACCUUCUGCAAAAGAUGAAAUGAAUGUUAAUAAGGGAGUAUUUAUAUUAGCUACUUCCAUUUCUCCCAUGUUAAACCCAUUUAUUUAUACUCUGAGAAACAAACAGGUGAAAAAUGCCUUAAGUGGCUUUCUAAAACGGCUACACUGCUCUCAAGAAAUUAAGAGCAUGAUAAAGAAGACUCAGAAGUCAGGAAUGAGAAAUCACACAACAAUAACUAUAUUCAUCUUUUUAGGAUUGACAGAUGAGUCACAACUGCAGAUUCUACUUUCUAUAUUUUUACUUAUCACCUACAUGUUGAGCCUUGUUGGAAACAUGACCAUCAUUAUCCUCACCUUUGUAGAUUCCCACCUUAAAAGUGGCAUAUUCUUGUACAGUAUAGCAACAGGAGAUAGAACCAUUACCUAUAACGCUUGUACAGGUCAGGUAUUUUUCACAGAUCUAUUUGAAGUAGUAGAAUUUUUCCUUCUGGCAACUAUGUCCUAUGAUCGUUAUGUAGUCAUCUGCAAACCCUUUUUAUCAUAUGACUAUCAUGAAUCCCCUGAUCUGCAAAAGACUUUGGCUGUUGGAUAUUACACUGUUGCUCUCAAUACCACCUUUUGGCUAUGUGCUGACACUGGAAUUCUGUGA